UUUGACCGAGCAGGAUGGCACGGCAACCAUAAGCAGGAGCAGCUGCACUCAUCACAUGAGAGUAAGUGAGUGACCACGAUCAUGAUGCACAUAAUUCUCGCAGCAAAAAACGCAACACCUUUCCUUGCAACCAAAGACAAGCACUCUCCUUCUUCUCCCUUGAACCUGUCUGUCCCUCACAUGCACCCAUGUCCUUCAGUCCUGUCUCAGUGUCCCUCUCUCUUAUAUACCCCGCAACCACAUCGAGCAUCUCCUACUCUCCACAGCUACGGCUGAUGCAAGAAGAGGUAGGCUAAGCAAGGAGAGUGAUUAUAGUACGUUGAACAGCUUAAGCAGUAGUAGCUAGCUGGCGAGCUAGGUAGGUGGCCGCGCCAUCAAUGGCCGCCGGGUGCAAGGCGGCCAUCGGCUGCGUGGACGCGCGCGCGCCGGUGCGGGCCAGCUACGUCAGCCUCUACAAGUGGCCCGAGUCCGACGCCGAGUUUGUCAAGUCGGUGGCCAUGGCGCGGCGCCAGGGAGGCCAGGAGAGCCCCGCUGCCAGCGCGUGGUGCCACUACAACAGCAGCAGAAGCUGCAACGGCAGCGCCAGCAUGCGCCGCGGCUGCAGCGGCGAGCUGGCGGCGGGGUACUGCAGCCCGCGGGUGGUGGACAGCUACUCGUGCCGGCAGAUGUACCUCCGCAGCUACACCUUCUCCAAGAAGAAGGAGACCGUGCCCGAACGCACGAUGGCGUGUCUCGGCCGCGUCAGGGAGCGCGCCGCCGUGUUCCCGUUCCUCCCGCAGCGCGGUGGGGGAUCAUCUGACGCAGGCUCGGUCGGCAGCGCGAGCAACAUUGCCGGCGCCGGCGGUCACGGCGCGAGCAGAGACAGAGAGGACAUGGGACGCCGUGGCAGGAAGGCGAGGAGGAGCCGGAAGAGGAGGAGGAAGAAAGGCUGCGCCGUGGUGAGGAGGCUGCAGGAGGCGUCGUGCGGCGCGGUGCGCGCCAUCUCCCGCCUCCUCCUCGCCUGCACCACUAGCGUCGACGUCGCCGACGGCAGUGCGCAGCCGUCCCGUUGAAAAUGUCACAUGUGCUGCCAUCCUCUUGUGCAUGCAUGCAUGCAUUCUGCUUUAGCUUGUGUCAAUUUUCGUAUGCCUGGCUGCUGGUAAAUUAAAUUAAAUUUCUCUCGAGCUGGAGUACAGUUGCAAGCAGUAAAUGUAACCUGCAGUAAAUCAUGGACGCAAUCAGACGACCGUACGUAUUGUAAGUUAAUCAAUUUGAUCUUGUGUUAUUUAUUUGGCAUAUAUAUACAGCUGCUAUUGUUCAUGGUUACUUCAGAGUUCAGACACUUCAGUUAUUUAUUUGGCAUAUAUAUACAGCUGCUAUUGUUCAUGGUUACUUCAGUCAGACACAUCAGUCUUUGUAUUGAUCCUGUUACUCCGAAAUUACCACUACUUUUUCUUUUUCUUUCGAAAAGAGACAUCACUACUACUUGCCUGCAGUUUUCUGCAGAAUACUUGACUUUUGAAUUCAAGUUUCAGAAACGAUGUGCAUAAUAGAAUAUUUGUGCAGUAGUACUAGCUUUACAAGUUCCCAAUGGUACUUUUAGACCAUUCGAUAAAGCAAGAAACGGUUGAGAUCCUUAGCUACCACGUACAGAUUUUGGUGGGACGGCAUGUAGGCAGAUCGUAGAUCAAGUUACUUGAGAAGAAGAGCAGGUCCGGAUGAAACAAUGUAUCAAGUUACUUGAGAUCCUAAGCUACCAUGUAUUGAUUUUAGAGUCUACUGCAGCUUACAUUUGGUCACUCAGAUAUUUCUUCAUCUGCUUAGUUACAGAUCAGAAUCAAGCUUUGAUAUUCUGUUCAAAUUGUUGGUGCAAACGGCCUGAUCAAGCUGGUACCCAUGCAUCAGAGAUUGUGACAUGCACACUGACUGCUGAUCACUACUACUAUUUACUACACAUGUGGCCAUAUAAACUAUGGCGCCUUGAUGAAAACGACCUGAAGCUGGUAACCGUAAGUGAUCGUGACAUGCGCGC